AAUGUGUAUUGUUGAACGAGUGUGUCAUAGACAAAACACUCAAAUAAUGAGAAUCUCCAUGUUUGUAUUCUGAAGUUGACAAUAAUUAAUUUGACAGUCGUGACGACUGACUAGUGACUAGUGCCUAGUGCAAGUGGUGAAAAGUGCCGAGGCUGGAAUUAUAAACAACUUAGAAUUUAGUUUUAUGUGUAUAACCCAAUCCAAAUAGUUUUAAAAAGUACUUAAUAUUUAUUUUUCAAAAAUCCCGUGUGUAUAACUACACUUACAACAUGAUUAACGGUCGAGCAUUACAUUUUGUUUUCAAAGUUGCUGACAGAACCCUUACAGCCAAAUUUUACAGGGAAAUUCUGGGGAUGAAGGUUUUACGUCACGAAGAAUUUAGUGAAGGGUGUGAAGCAGCAUGCAAUGGACCUUAUGCUAACCGUUGGAGUAAAACUAUGAUUGGCUAUGGUCCAGAAGACACACAUUUUGUUGUUGAACUGACUUACAAUUAUGGAAUAACAUAUUAUGAACAAGGAAAUGAUUUCCUGGGCCUUACAAUCCAGUCUAGUGAGAGCUUGAAGAGAGCAGCUGCGGCUAACUGGCCAGUCAAGGAACAGAAUGGUUUGAAAUACGUUGAAGCACCAGGUGGCUACAAGUUCUACAUAAUUGAUAAACCACAACCUGAAGAUAAAGAUCCAGUUGUCAAAGUGUCAUUGGCAAGUUCAAAUCUAGCAAAGUCUAUUGAUUAUUGGAAUGGACUUUUAACACUCAAAAUCUUUGAAAAAUCAAACAAGUCUGUGCUUCUUGGGUUCAGUGAAGAUCAAGCUAAGCUUGAAUUAGUUGAUAUUGGUGGUCCAGUAAACCAUGCGAAGGCAUACGGUCGUAUCGCAUUUUCUUGCCCCUUCGACCAACAACCGUUAAUCGACAAGAAAAUUCAAGAAACCAAUGGAAAAAUUUUAACUCCACUCAUAUCACUCGAUACACCAGGAAAGGCCACGGUGCGUGUUAUUAUACUGGCUGACCCAGAUGACCACGAGAUCUGUUUCGUUGAUGAUGAGAGCUUCCGCCAACUCUCCCAAGUCGACCCCGCCAGUGACGCUGACUUGGACAAGUUCAUCAAAUCGGACAAAUCACGUAAUUAAAAAUUAAUACUUCUGGGUUGCCACAUAAAACUCAUAUAUUUUAACAUAAAAUUUUAUAAACAAAUAUUAUUAAAUGUUUAAAAAUAGUAAUAUAUUAUAAUUAUGUUUGAGAUAAUAAUCUGAUUAUUUAAAUAUUUAAAAAAAACUUAAUGGCAAUCCUUAAUUUGUUAUUGCGUAAGUGUGGUAUCGAAAUAUUUAAAUUUAAGUUUUUUGCCUUAUGUGAUAUUAUUCUUGGUGGAAGAUUACUUUUAGCAUUCCCAAUAUUAACUUAUCUUGCUAUUGCUAAGAUUUUUUACGCGUGUACAAAUUUAAUUUGCACAUUUUAUGCACCUUUGUUUCACACUUGUAUUUUUAAAUAUAGUAUUAU